CGUCGGAAUUCAGUCGUUAUUCAGACUUCGAGCUGUUAACAUCAAUUUGUAAAUUUAUCCCGACUGCGAUAUAUUGAAAAAUGACCGGCCGUGGCAAAGGUGGUAAGGGACUCGGAAAGGGUGGCGCUAAGCGACACAGGAAAGUUCUUCGCGAUAAUAUCCAAGGUAUUACAAAGCCGGCUAUACGUCGUCUUGCUCGCCGUGGCGGCGUCAAGCGUAUCUCGGGUCUAAUCUACGAAGAGACCCGCGGUGUUCUGAAAGUGUUUCUCGAGAACGUUAUCCGCGAUGCAGUCACAUACACCGAGCACGCCAAGAGGAAGACCGUAACCGCUAUGGAUGUCGUAUAUGCGCUCAAACGUCAGGGUCGUACACUGUACGGUUUCGGCGGUUAAAUUGAUCAACGGACGCAGUCAUUUCUUAUAAAUACAAAACAAAAAAGAGCCCUUUUAAGGGCUGUCAAAU